GCCGCAUUUGGCCGCGGGACAGCGCGGGGUGAGCCCCCAGCCCGGCCCGGCCCGGCCCGCUCCGCUCCUGCCCCGCAGGGCAAAGCGUCCCGAAGGAGGAGCGCGGCGCUGCCUGGGACCAGCCCUGCCCGGCCGUGAUGCUGCCCGCCACCGGCCCCAGCCCCGGGCAGACCUGCGGGGCCGUGCUGGUCUUCGCCGUGCUCCUGCAGUUCGUCUGCGUGGCCGUCACCUUCCUCUACUUCACCAGCGAGCUCAAACAGCUCCGGGAAACGUACUCCAAGAGCGGAAUUGCUUGUCUCACUGGGGAGGAAAUUGGAAAUUUCAUCCAAAACUUGGAUCUAAAUGAAAGUGAAGACAGAGCAGCUGACCCCUGUUGGCAAGUAAAGUGGCACCUGGGAAAUUUAAUUAAAAAGAUGAUGUCAAGAAGCUUCGAGGAAAACAUUUCUGCACUCAAUGCUGAAAGAGCCCUGUCACUGUCACACACGGAGGGGCAGCAACCCCGCAGUCCCAGCACCAGGAUCGCGGCACAUCUUACGGGCAACAGCAACAGGAAGAAUUCCCUGUCCCCACGCAUAGAUUCCUCACCCAGAAGAGGGAGUGGACAAAAAAUAAACAACUGGGAAUCCUCAAGGAAAGGCCACUCUUUCCUUUACAACGUGGAGCUGAGAAAUGGAGAGUUGGUGAUACCCCAAACGGGCUUUUAUUACAUCUACUCACAAACUUAUUUUCGUUUUCGUGAAAAUGAGAACGAGGAUUCAGAUUUGUUGACACAGAUCAGGAACCCCAAACAGCUUGUCCAGUAUGUUUACAAACUGACUAAUUACCCAGAGCCCAUUUUGCUCAUGAAAAGUGCAAGAACGAGCUGCUGGUCUAAAAAGGCAGAAUAUGGACUUUAUUCCAUCUAUCAAGGUGGGGUGUUUCAGCUGAAAAGAGAGGAUAGGAUUUUUGUCUCUGUCAGUAAUAGUGACAUAGUUGACAUGGACAAAGAAGCAAGUUUUUUUGGAGCUUUUAUGAUUGGUUAAAAGGUGAAAAAUAUACUCCAAAGGACCCGGUUUAGCUAGUCAGGACCAGCUUAAAAUUCUAUAAAAUAGGGGAUGACAAGUGAACACUAGCAAUACCAGCAACAUGAGAGUCCCCUUUCUCAGCUCACUCAGCACCAGGUCCAGCCGCUCCCAACACUCUCUCAAGAGUCGGGAAGGAGCAGCAGCAUCUGGCUGCAGCUGGAUGGCCAUGCUUCAGGCAGGCACCAGCCCUAUGGCUUGCUGCCCAGCCAGGCUGGGGCCAUGCUAGGAUUUCACACACCACAGGUGAUACCUUCAGCCAGAACCCCAGGCAGGUGAGGACUCACCACCACCCCUGCAGAGAUGCUCCACACCAGCUCGGUCACGACAGGUGAGAUGGAGGAUUCUUCAGUACCUCAGCUCCUGGAAGGAGAUUUUGCUAGUACUGCUUCCCAGAUGCCCAUGGAAUUAUUUUGGAAGUUUUUGUUUCAAUCUUCAGUUAUACAAAAGUUGAAAGGCCAUCAGAGGCUCAAACUGCACGUCUUCAUCUCAUCUAACAACGCACUUAAGCACCUAAUUAAUUUUAAGCACACAAACAGUCUGGCUAAAGCAGGGUAUUUACAUGCUUGAAAUUAAGUAUGUGCUUAAGCAUUUCUCAGGAUCAUGGCUCAAGUAAACACAUUAGUCUGUCUUAAUCAGAAUAUUGUACAUAAAAACAGCUGCUGAGAUGGCACAGGUGAUGUUUAGAAAUCAACCAGUAUUUUGAUCAGUGCAUGAUGAUAGUGCCCAUUUAUUUAAUUGCUGGGCUGCAAAGAUUUCACCAGGCUUCCAGUAGGGCCAGUAAUGUGGUUGCUUGUUACACUUGUUGUCAGCAAGUAUUUGAUUCAGAAAGAAAAAGGUGUUUUUCUGUAAAUACUGAAUUCUAUUAGACAUCUGCCACAAAUUAAGCAUGACAUGGCUCUUCCAUGUUUAUUUGUACUGGCCUGUGUUUGGUAUGUAAUGGAUGUAAUGUAAUGGAGAUGUAAUGGAGAAUAACACACCCUGAUGACUAAUAUUUUAAGGAAAACAUACACAACUAUCUACUUAAGAGCUGCAA